AUGAGAGAGGAUGAGAAGGAGUGUAGUGAAGAAAAGGGGAAAAAGGAAGAAGAAAAGAUAAAAAGAAAAAGAGAUAGAAGGGAGGGGAGGGGAGAGAAAGAGAGAAAAGAAACGAAAGAGGAAGAAAACGGAAUCUCUAGUGCUAUUCUCUUCUCUUCUGAAGUCUUCUUUCCUUUUAGAGAGAGAGAGAGAGAGAGAGAGAGAGAGAGAGAGAGAGAUAGUGAGAAGGAAGAGAAGAGAAGAGAGGAGAAGAGAGGAGAGAGCGAGAAGCAAGAGAGAGAGAGGGAAAAGGGACAGAGGGAACAGAGACAGAGGGUAGAGAGAGCGAGGGAGAGAGAUAGAUGGACAAGAAAGAGAAGAGAAAAAUGGAGAGAAGGAAGGAGGAGCAGGAAGAAAAAUGCGGUAGAGAAGAGGAGUGAUAGCGAGAGCGAAACACACACAGAGAGAGAAAGGAAAGAAAGAGAGAGACAAGAAAGAGCGAAGAAAGAGGGAGAGAAAGAGAGGAAAAAGAAGGAGAGAGAAAAGAAGGAGAGUUGUGGAGAAGAGAGAGAAAUAUAAGGAAGAGAUGUAGAGGAAAUGGGAAGAGAGAGUGAGAGGGAGCAGCGAGAGGGAGAGGGGAGACAGAGACUAGAGAGAGUGGAGAAAGAGAGGAUUAGAGAAGAGGGAGGUAGAGAAGGGAGGGGUAGAGAAGAGAGAGUUAAAGAAGAAAGAGAUUUAUAAAAGCGAGGGAGAUAGAGAAGAGAAUGAGGGAUGCAGAAAAGAGAGAAAGAGAAUGGAGAGAGAGGGGGAAAGAGAGAAGAGGGAAAGAGAGAGGGGGAAGAGAGAGAAUUGAGAGAGGGAGAGUGUAGAAAGGGAUGGGGAGAGAGAAAGGAGAGAGAGAGAGAGAGAGAGAGAGAGAGAGAGAGUUGGAGAAGAAAUAGAAAGAGAGGGAGUAGAGAGAAAGAGAGGGAGUAGAGAGAAAGAGAGAGAAUAGAGAGAGAAAGAAGAGAGAGAUAAAGAAGAGAAAUAGAAAAGAAAGACGGGCAGGAAUGAGAAUGGGAGAGAGAAGAAAGAGGGCGAAGAAAGAGAGAGAAGGAAAGAGGAGCAGGGAGAAAAACGUGGGGGAGAGAAAAAGAAAGAGGAACACACAGAAGGAGAGAGAUAGGGAGAGGGAAAAAUACACAGUGAGAGAGAGGAGAAGAAGUAUAGAGAGAAGAAAGACAGAGGCAGGUGAGAGAGACGGAAGAGAGAGGGUAGAAGUGAGGGAGGAGAGGGAGAGGUGUGAGAGGGGGAAAUGAGACGGUGAGACAUAUAGUGUAGAAAGGAAGAGAACAAUAAGAAAGAGAAACGGAGAGGAAUGAAGAAGGCAGGGAAAUAUAGAGAAGAGAUGUAGAGGAGAGUGGGAGAGAGAGAAGAAAGAGAAAGACAGAAAGACAGAAAGAGAGAGGAGAGAAAGGGAGUGGAAUUAAGAGAGUGAAAAAGGAAAAUAAAAUGGGCAGUCAUAUUUUCGUAGGUGAACUAACAGGUUGUGUAGAGUGACAAGAAGAAACAUAGUAAAGACACAAAAAACGAAAAUAAUAGGGAUAAUAAAGAGAAAAAUGAGACGAUUUAAAAAAGGGAGUAAGUUGGAAAAAAUCACAAAACAGAAAGGGGAUAAUUAAUACAUAAAUAUGAUAGAGGGAAAUCGAAACAAAAUUGUUUGAAAUUUUUAAUUUUUAUUAUCUAGACUAAGGACAUUACAGCGAUAGUAACAAAAUGUUACUUAAAAAUAAUCAUAAAUAAACAGAGACAUACGUGCAAGAUAAUAAGAAACACAUAAAGGAUCAAGAAAACUAGAACAUUUAAAAAGUACAAAUCUAUAAAGCAGGAAACAUCGGAGGAAUACAUAAACUGAAAGAGUGAAAACAAGGGAGGCUAAAAGGGAAUAGACAGAGGGGGAAAAGAGUCAAGCCACAAAUAUGGAGAUCAAGCUUGAACUAACGAGGAAAUGAAAGAAAAAGAAACUUUUAUAUAGGAAAUAUUCAAAUAGGAUUGCAAUUUAGAAGCAGAUAAGUAACAAUAAUUACUAUAAAGUAUACGAAAAAAACUAUGACAAAAAGGUGACAACUUCAAAAUCAAAAGUAAGAGGAAU